AUGGACCAAGCAUGGCAGAACUGGUCUCUUCACAUGGAAAUGGAUGAUGAUGAUGAUGGGCAUAGGGAUCUGUGGUUAGAAGAGUGCCACACCCAAGAAGAGGAGUUCCUCAGGGACAUCCUCAGUCAACCGGCUUUUUCUUCUGAAAGUGAAAGUCAACCUUUCGACCGCCACAACAAUAACUUAACAACCCCCACAGAUGGUAGCACUUUAUCCUCCGAUGAAACGGUAACAGCCAGAAGGCCUAACCCCUCAAAUUCCUCUCCGAGGACAUACAUUUUGUCUUUCGAUAGCUCUACCAUUAUACCAGCUACCCCUCAACCACAAACCUCCUCUAAAUCCUCUACUUCAUCUCUCUCCUCCAAAAAACGCCACCAAAAUCUCAACCUAGAACAGCCAAAACCAAAGUCAACCACUCUUGCUGGAAAGAGGGGCAGAAACAGUUCCCAGUCUCUGGAUCACAUCAUGGCCGAAAGAAAAAGGAGACAGGAACUCACCGAGAGGUUCAUAGCACUUUCAGCCACUAUCCCUGGCCUCAAGAAGACGGACAAGAGUUCAAUACUUGGCGAAGCGAUUAAUUACGUGAAGGAACUUCAAGAGCGUGUGACGGAGCUUGAAGAGAGAAACAAGAGAGGGAAAGAAUCAGUGAUGAUGAUCCUGAAGAAGAGUGAUGGGUGUGGAAACGAAGAUAGUAGUAACUCAAGUGAAACAACAGAUUCGAAGGAUUGGUGUAGGAUGCUCCCUGAUGUUGAAGCAAGAGUGAUGAAGAAUGAGGUACUCAUUGAGAUCCAUUGUGAGAAGGAAGAAGGGGUUGAGCUCAAACUACUGAACCACCUUGAAAAUCUCCAUCUCUCCGUCACCGCCACCAGCGUAUUGCCCUUUGGGAAUUCAUCUCUCGGCAUUACUAUCAUCGCUCAGAUGAGUGACGCAUACAAGAUGACAGUGAACGAUGUAGUGAAAAAUCUAAGGAAAGUGCUCUUGAAUCACAUGAAGAUCCAUAGCGAUCCGUACUAG